UUAAUAAUAUAAUGGCAAAUAUAACUUCAAUAAUGUCAAUGGAACAAUGUCAUGAUAUUUGCCCUGAAGAUAUUGCUAACAGUUGUACAAAUGUAACUGUUUCUAAUACUGAAAUUAAUUCUAAUGGUAGCAAAAGUUUGGAAGAUUUACAAUGCUUUGUAUGUGAUGCAAAAAUUCAAGGGCGUCAUUAUGCGUUAGCUACAUGUAGGACACAGACAUCAAGAACUAAAGUGAUAGAAAAACUUGGAGAAUUAGUUGGCGAAAGGUACAUGGUAGUAAUAUCAGAAGACGAUGUAAUCUGCAGAAGUUGUGCUAAUCUUAUUAAUACACUUGAUAGACUUGAAGUUGAGAUAUAUAACGUACGUGAUAAUGUUCUAAGAUUCUUGGAACAAAAGUAUUCUUUAGAAGAAGGAGAGCUUCUUGGCAAUAAUGAGAAACAAAAACGUUCUCAACCCCCACAGAUCACAAAGUGCAACAAUCAAAUUAUAACUAAUUGUCAGGGUAAAAAACGAGAUGUUAUUUUAUCUUCAAAUAUUGCUGAAAAAACUAAACAUAAGAAAAGUAACGUUUGGUUACAAUGCGAUAAGUGUCAAUACACAACCCUUCAUAAUUCAUUUAUGGUGCAUCAUGUUAGAAACCAUAUUAAACAGAAAGUAUUUUGCGAUAAAUGUGGCGUACAGUUUUCUGAAAAAGAACACAAAUCACAUAACUGUAGCUUGAAAGAACAUUUGAAUGUCAAAAAUACAGUUCAAAAUGAGCCACAAGCAGAAUCAUCUUUAAAACAUAUCACUGAAACUAUAUUGGAUAUUCCAAUCUUAGAAAAAAAUAUGCAGCAAAACGUACCAAUUAUGGCCAUUGAAACUUACACAGGAUCACAAAUUUCAAAUUGUAAUGAAAAUAUACCUAUAAUAAGGUUGUCAAGUGCCGAAAAUUUACCAAUACAAAAUAUCUUAACUUCCGAUGAUUCUUCUGGCCAACCAAUAUAUGUACGCGUAUUACAACCCGUUGAAAUUAACGAGACCUCAACGCAUUCCACGAUAAUGGCAUCAAACUCUGAUGCAGAUUUGACAAUGAAGUUCAAAGACAAUUCGGAUAAACAAAUUUUAACAUUAACAGAAGAUGGAAAUUUGGAAAUGACAGAGAUAGCUUGCUGGAAUGACAUACAAUCGUCACAAUCUAAUAUAAUAUUCCAAUAAUUUUAAUUUAUACUAUUAAAUUAAAUUUCAUUUAUUCACGUAUUUACAUACAUGGUUAUACAUACGCAUACACACGCACGUGUGUGUACAUAUCUUUAUAAUAAGUUUUAUUAAUUGUUCACGUUUUGUUCUUUGUUCUGCUUUUUCUUUUUGUUUACUGUUACUUUAUCUUCUAUACUGUUAGUUUUAAAAUGAGAUAUCAUUUUAAAACACUAGACGUAGAUAAUAAAUUUGUGCGUUAAAGCAAAACUUCGUCGACAUUUAUUUGUACUUAAUUGCGAUUGCGUAUAUUAUAUUGUAAUUUAGAAAAAUUA